CGCGGCGAUCUUCUCAGUUUCGGUUGGACCGCAGCGCAGCCACCAUGUCCCUGGCGGCCUCGGCGGGCAGGGGCCCGGGGGCCGUGUGGUCCCCAACGCACGUGCAGGUGACGGUGCUCCAGGCGCGGGGCCUGCGGGCCAAGGGCCCCGGGGGCACGAGCGACGCGUACGCGGUGAUCCAGGUGGGCAAGGAGAAGUACGCCACCUCCGUGUCGGAGCGCAGCCUGGGCGCGCCCGUGUGGCGGGAGGAGGCCACCUUCGAGCUGCCGCCGUUGCUGUCGGCCGAGGCAGCGUCCGCCGCCGCCGCCACCCUGCAGCUCACCGUGCUGCACCGCGCGCUGCUCGGCCUCGACAAGUUCCUGGGCCGCGCCGAGGUGGACCUCCGGGAGCUGCACCGGGACCAGGGCCACAGGAAGACCCAGUGGUAUACCUUGAAAUCCAAACCGGGGAAGAAGAAUAAAGAACGAGGAGAAAUUGAGGUUGACAUCCAGUUUAUGAGAAACAACAUGACCGCUAGCAUGUUUGACCUUUCCAUGAAAGACAAGUCCCGGAAUCCAUUUGGGAAACUGAAGGACAAGAUCAAGGGGAAGAAUAAGGACAGCGCAUCGGAUACCGUGUCCGCCAUCAUCCCCAGCGUGACGCCCUCGGCUGACAGCGAUGAGGAGUCUCCUUCGAAAGACAAGAAGAAGAAGUCAAAGCUCAAGACCUUGUUUUCCAGGUCCAAUCUGCAGAGAACAUCACUUUCCCAGUCCAUGUCUGUCCUGCCGACUGCAAAGUCAGACAAAGUGCUGCUUCGUCCUGGAGACUUUCAGUCCCAGUGGGAGGAUGAGGAAAAUGACGAGGACAAGUCCUCCUCUGCCUCGGACGCCUUGUCUCACAAGGGAACGGCAAGUGUGGAUCCUAAGCAACUGAACCAGAUCAACUUCAACCCCCCCAAGAAGGAAGGACUCUCCUUCCUGGGAGGCCUUCGGUCUAAGAAUGACAUCCUUUCCCGCUCGAAUGUUUGUAUCAACGGGAACCAUGUCUAUGUGGAGCAGCCCGAAGCCAAGAGCGAGACCAAGGACAGCUCCCCGUCCUCCACGCCGUCCCCCCAGGGCCUCAGGAAGAAGCAUUUGUUCUCAUCUACAGAAAACCUGGCCUCUCGACCUUUGAAGGAGCCUGGGGAAGGAGGUGCAGUGCCUUCCGAGUCUUCCACAAAGGACUCUCUCAAGUCCAUGUCCCUGCCAUCCUACCAGCCACGGGUCAGCGGGGGGGACCUUCGGGAGAACACGGUUUUGGUGACCUUGGAGGCUGCAAAGGAAACCAAAGAGAGCAAGAAACAAGAGAACAAGAAGUCCUCUCUGCUCUCCCUGGUGACCGGGAAGAAGGACACGGCCAAGGGCAGGGAAGGUGAAAGCCCGCCGGCCACCCCCGGGAAGGAGAGGGAAGGCACACCCGUGGUGGUCAAAGCCAGGGAGGACCAGGCGGGGCCUCUCGACGACCGUGUGAAGAGAUCGGACAAAGAGACUGCGGCCAUUGUCUCCGGACGGGGCAGAGCCCCGAACCCCUUUGAAGACGUGCAGAUCCCAGAACAAGAAGCUGACCCAGAGCCCAAGGCUGCACCAGCACCACCUGUUCCCUCACCCAGGGCUCCCCAGACCAGAGCCGUGAAACCCCGACUGGAAGUGUCUCCAGAGGCUCAGCCCGCACCCAGGCUCCCCCCUUCCACUCGCUCUCCUGUCGUUUUCUCUGCUCUCCCUUCCAGUUCUGGUCAGACACCCGUCCCUUCUAAACUGGGGCGUGAUUCAGAGACACAGUCCUCUGAGUCUCCUUCUGGCUCCUUCUCUUUCCCCUCUCCUGAAGCAGCCCCCAUUUCCACAUCCACUCCCAUUGAACACUGGCCUUCCGCAGACGUGGGUGAGGCCAGUCCUAAAGAACCGCCUUCGCUCCUUGAACCAGAGCUAGAACAGGAGAGUCUGACACAAGUUCCAAGCACUGUUCCUUGUGCUGUGGGCUCGCUUUCCAAGCAGACACCCGUUCCAGUGGGGAAAGGGACGGAAGACUCUCCAGUGGGGAAGACCGGCGCUGAUGACCCCGGACAGUCUCUCCGGACGCAGCCUGAGGUGGGGCGAGAAGAAGAGCUUCUGGGGUCUCCCCCCAGAAAACAACAAGGCGCCAUCCCUUCAUCUGUCGAGGCCCGAGAAGUAACACCCGCCACUGCGCUCGGAAGAGGCGGGAUGGACAGCCCUGCCGGGAAGCCCCCGGGGCGGGGAGCCUCAGGCUCUGCGGGUCAAUCUCGGUCUCCCGUGGGGGAUGCAGGUGGGGGUGGCGGGAUGAGUCCUGCAGUUAAGGAAGCGGUGCCCCCCGUUCCCGUGGGCGAGUCGGUGCCUCCACUUGACUCUGCGAUGCAGAGCCACGAAGAGAUGGGUCCGGAUGCCUGUGAGGGCAGAGAGGAAAUCCAGGAGCAGGUGUUGUUUUCCGAGCAGCUCUCUACGGAAGGGGCGGGGGAGAAGGCCCCUGUGCUGGUCCGCGGGGACAGAGGUGACCCCCAGGAGCUGACGCCGCAAGGGGCCGCCCCCGGAAAUGCGUGGGACACGGGAGACUCCCAGGAGGGGGCGGCUGUGGCUGGACCCCGGCCCGCUGCCCCGGCGGCUCGCCCUCCCCGCCCGUCCUCCAAGGGGAGCUGCUCGGGGGGCCCCGCGCAUGCGGCCAGCUCGGGGAGAGACGGUCCCCUUCUCGGCAGUCAGGGAGACGAUGCCCCGAUGGCGCGGAACCAGAGCAAAGCCAGUGACCACGAGGGUCUGCUGUCUGACCCCCUGCACGGCCUUCAGUCCGCCUGCGAGGCAAAGCCCCCAGCCCUGGCCCAUCUGGACUUGACCCUGCCUUCCAUCCCCGAAGUUGCUUCGGAAGAUGAGCGAGGAGAUCAGCUUGAAGAUGACAGAGGGGUGGCCCCGGUGGCAGCUCUGGGAGGAGGGGCUUCUUCCCCGAGCACGUGGCCCGCCCGUGCUGAGCGGGAGGGGGCGCCCAGCGGGGAGGCCGGCGGGUCAGCAGGGGGCCUGCGCGACCCCAGGCCGGGAGCGCCCAGAGCACCCGCCCCCGCUUCUGCAGAGCAGACCACAGCCUCGGCGGUUCAGGAACCACAGUCUCCGGGCCCCGGUGACAGCGGGGAGGCAAAACCAGUGGGAGAUGGGAGGCCGGGUCAGCCUCCAGCCGCAGCCCUGGAUUCCCUUGUGUCCACUCCCCCCUUUUCUGAGCCCUUUCCUGCCACACGCUCUUUUCCCACCUCUGCACGCUCUGACACCCACCACACCAGUACAGCAGAAUCUCAAAAAAAAGCAGCAGUCGAGGGCUCCGCGGGUAAAGUGGAAAAUUCUGGCAAGAGGAAGCCGCUUCUUCAGGCCUGGGUCUCACCCUCAGACACACAGCCAGUCUCGGCUCAGCCAAGCGCUGGAAGCGGGUCGGCCAAGCACAGACUUCAUCCCGUGAAGCCGAUGAACGCGGCAGCCACCAAGGUCGCUCUCUCCAGCUCGGGAACUGCCACCGUCAUCAGUGAGAACUUGGUCAACGAAGCCAUGAUGAAGAAAUACAAGCCCUCGGAACCCGAGUUUGCUUAUGCACAGCUGACCCACGACGAGCUAAUCCAGCUGGUCCUCAAACAGAAGGAAGCGAUAAGCAAGAAGGAGUGUCAGGUGCGCCAGCUGGAAGACUACAUCGACAACCUGCUGGUCAGGGUCAUGGAAGAGACCCCCAGCAUCCUCCGGGUUCCCUCUCAGGUCGGCAGAAAAGCAGGAAAGAUGUGAAUCGCUUGCCUCCGGCACUGAGACUUUCGUGUGAGUUUGUUUCCGCCUGCUCCCAAGGCCGAGGACUCGGUGUGCCUGAGAGCCAGGGUCCGGGCUCCAAAUCACUAUCUCCCUCGUGCGUUAUCUGGCAAGAGUCAAUCCCACCCACAGAAGCCAGGUUAAUUAUUACAAUGAAUCUUUUAUUGGACAUUCCCAGGGUUUUAUUUUCAAAUGCCACUGUGCCUUUAACCAAGUUGUAAAUAUUUUAUGCCUGACCCGAGACGUGGUCAUUAGAUCUGAUCCUGGCCGAGAGGUUCAGAUGGCGCUGGGGGUAAUAAUGUAUUUUUAACAUUGGGGUUUUCUUUCUUUAAUAUUGAGAUUUUAAAGUACGUCUCCCCUAGUCAUUAAAGCUUAGGGUGAGAUGACAAGGACCAGGCAAUUGGUGUGGUGCUGCACAUACUUUCUUGGCUUUUGAGUAGCUCAGCUGUGGCGUUUUGGCUGCAGAUGCUAAGUUUUGAUACAAUGUAAACCUACCCAGCUCCUCGGACUUGGUCUUUUGUUUUCGACUGGAGCAGAGGAGCUUAGGGUGCGCCUCCGAGUGUGCCUCUGAGAUUUGGAACAAGCUGCCUUUUGCAGACAUCAGCCUCCACUACUCUGUAGCCUUCAAGUGUGCUCUUUAUCAACCAAGAGGGGCUGUCUGUGGAGGUACGGAAAGUAGACCAGGGGAACUAGAAUCACUUUGCACUGGGGCAGUUGGUCAAAAUCCCUCCUCUUGUGAUCGCAGGGUCCCUGCUGGCUGGAGUGACCGAGUCAGUGCCUUGAUUAGGGAUCGGGUGACCCAAGCACGUGCUAAAACAGUCCCACCAGGUACGGAGCAACUGCAGUGGCAUCCACUGGCCCUCCCCCAUGUGCCGUCGCUCGGCCCCCUGGCUCCCUUGGCAGCUCUUCUCGGCAUUUCCCUCCCCCGCCCCUUGUUAUAAAAUUGCAAAGAGCAAGAUGAUACCUAUUUUUAGAUGGCUGUAUUUUUUAAACUAGAUUAACAUACUUUUUUUUUUUUUUUAAACUAGGACACUUGCCCCCUUCUCAACUAAUAGCACCAGUUCAGAGUCUUCAGGUAAUUUCGUUGUUAGUAACCUGAUAUUGGAAUUGGAAUGUUUUCCGUAUUACUCAUUUUAUUCUCCCAGUUGUGACAGAAUCUCAUCAAAUCCCAUCAUCUCUCCUGGGGGAAGAAUGUCACAGGCCAAGUGGGUGGGCAGGGGUUGAGAUGAGAGCGGUUAUUAAAUGGAACUCUCUUCUAUGUUCAUUCUUGUUAUAUUGAAGUUGAGGCAAGAUGAUUGGCAGUGGAAUCCCUUUUCAGGAUCACGUUUGCUGCCGCGUUAGUUAAUAUCAGAGCACUUUAAUCUGAAGGAUGAUACUGUAACUUGAUUUAGCUAAUUUGCUUUUAAUUAUCGAUAGCUCUUUUAUUUAAUACCCUCCUACAGUACUGGGGACCACUGUAAACUUCUCAGAUGACUUGUAUUUUUGUAGUGCUAUGAGAUUUAUGUACAUCCCUAUAAAGAGAACUGGAUAUUCGCUUGAACUCUGCAGAUGCACGUGUAUAUAUUUGUUCUGCAAUGUUUUUUACUUGAUGUCAAUGUACUUUGACGGUGAUAACCCGCGUGCACUGGGUGGCGGGAGCGCUGAGUGGUUUCUCCUCGGAAGAGCUGCUGUGGAGACCCGCAUUCUUCCUGAGAGCUGGUUGUUGUGGAAAGAUCUGCUGCUAGGACCUCGGGGAUGGGACCCAGUCUCUGUUUGAGAGGAACGUCCGGGUGGAGGAGCAAAUUCCUCUGCUCUGUAUGCCACUCGAGAACUCUGGAGAAUGAAGGACAGUCUACUUCAAGGGUGUCUGGUUUCUACCACUGCUGGGAAAAAAAAUCCCCAGGUAGCAUUCCUGCACCUCUCAAGGUCACUGUUUAACACCUGUCCUUGAGGACUCUACUGUGAGGGAGAGCUCAGCUAGGAGAGCUGGAGCCUGCUCUGAGCUGUUCACAGGGGCAGGUGGACUGGAGGGCUGGAGCUCCUGCAGCCGGCAUGGGUCUGAGGGCUUACACCCAGCCGUCUAUACCAGGAGAGCCUGAAUUAGCCUCUAGCUGCUGAAAAUGCUCACCAAACUGAUGGGCCCUAGGAGGAGGCCGUGCUCUGCAGAAGCAGGAGCAGCUCUUUCUUGGCCUUGCCUGGCUGACCCCCUGGAAGACCAGUCAGUACUUCAGGGAAGCAUCCGAUGACAUACCAAACACCUUGCAAUGAACUUCAGUUGGAGGUCAGCGUCUGGAAAAAAAUGUCAACCCUUUGCCUGGGUGUUUCAUAUCAUCUCAGUCCUUGGCCUUUGACAGAUGUCCUGCCCAACCCUUUUAUUUCCUGUGUGUCAGCCUCCCCGGGUAACAGAAUGGAGGAGCAGGAAAGUCUGUCCUUUGCCACACAAACAGCGUUGACCCUGAGUGGAGGGUGCAUGCAUGGUGAGUGGGAUACGUGUGUGGUUUCCAGCUCUGCUAACAGUGGGGGCUCGGAAGGGCACAGAGGGAGGAGGGUCCACGACACUCAGCCACCUGCCGGAUUGAAGGCCAAAGGCAACCUGAUGUUAAAUUAGGCACGAUCUUCCCUCCCUGUGCCCCUUCUUUUUUAGAACUGCUAACUAAUGGUCCCUCAAGGCUGAAGGAUCUGUUGCCUUAGGUGGGCGGAGAGCUUAACCUCCAGUUAAGCUUAACCUCCACACCAACCUCAACCCUGUGGUUUCUCAGCAUCUAUCAUGUGAGCUGCUAACUUGACCUCUUCCUCCCUCUGACUGAAAGUUCACCCAGCAUCUUUGGAUUAUAGAAUUCUUAUUUCCUGCUUUGUUACUUUGGGAAUUUUGAAUUUCUUUGCUUUUGUUUUUAAGAAGUAACCUAAAAUUUCCUACAACACUAAAUAAAAUGGCACUACCUUUCAAA